CCUUGCCCCGCAGCGGGGAGGGCCACCCCACCCGAGCCCUCCUCUCUCUCUAUCUCCCUCUUUCUGUCUCCCUGUCCCUCUCCCUUCCUCCUUCCCUCCACCCGCCCGCCCUCCUCCCGCCGCUGCACACCCCGAGGAAGGGCUUGUUUUCCUGCCCGGAUGCUGAAUUUCUCCGCAAGGUCAUCCCUGCCCGCGGCGGCAGCGCGCCCCCGGCUCCCUGGGCGCUGCCACGGAGAUUAGCUUUACAGGAAACCUGUUGCUGACAGCCUGCCCUGUUGUACCCACCGCUGGGCAAGAAAGCUCCGAGAAGAAGCUGAGGGCAAGCCACGUCUUGGAGACAGUCCAUGGGGACUGUACCAGAUCCUCUGAGAUCUGCCAAGCUUUCCCUGGUCACAGCUUCUGCCGAGGAGGACCACCUGGGAGAUCUGCAGCCUGCUAAGCACCAGCCACAGAGGGCCAGCAAUGGCUUCCCAUGCACCCCAUCCAGCUCUGCUGGAGUUCGCUUGUUCGACCUGAAGUGCUCAGUGGCUGCCAGUGCGCAGAGGUGCGAACGAUGCUGUGAGGAUGAUCCUGGCCAUCAGGAAGCCUUCCCUACCGGGCUCACCAGCAAAGCUGCAGAGGGGUGUCCUGCAGCCCUAGAGCCUGCUGGUUGCUCCCAUCCAGCAGGCAGCCAGGGAGUGGCAGUGCCAUCCCCCACUGCAGCAGGAGCCCCCUCAGCAGGGCAGGGGCCGGAGAUGAUGCCAGCCCCUCAGAGCUCCCGGCAGUUCGUGCAAGGCAGCCAGGCAAAAACAAGCUCCCUGGCACAAAUGGAGGACUCUGCCUUGAAACCUCAGGGGACUGAUGAUCAGCCAGCACUUGAGGUGUUAAGUUACUCUCCUUUGGGUGACCCUGUUAGGGGCAAUGAGUCCUGUUGUACGUCUCAGGCAAACCUUCUGCAAAGAGGGGAAAAAGAAAAGGGAGAGGAAAAAACUGCUGAGUGUCAGUCAGCCUCGCCAAUGAGGCACACUGAAGCUGUCCUGGAGAGAGACCCACAGACUGGUUUGGAGGCAAAAAGCGAGGCUGUAGACACCACACAGUUGCAUGCCACAGACAAACCUGAAGCAUCACAGGGCAGCGAAGCACCAUCCCCGUCCUGCCAUGAGAGUCCGCAUCCCCUACGCAACACGGCCACUGAGCUGGCAAGUCCAGGGCCCACACAGCUCUCCAGAUUCAAAGAAACAGGUACAAUGACUGUUCAGUCAGAGAGCAGGUCUUUAACUCAGGAAGCAGAAAGCAGGACGUGGCGAGAUGCUGAGGUUCAGGCCGUGGCUGCUGUGGAGAGCAAAUCGGCCUCCACCAGCCCCAGCAUCCUUGCUGCCUUCUUAAAAGGGAAUCCUCCUCCAGAGGAGAAGGAAGAACUGCAUAUCAUUUACCAAGGAGGUAUGGGACUGAACCAGUCUGCACUUAGUGACAGUUUCUCCUCACAAGAAAAGUCCCCAUGUUCUCCUGGUAUCACAGCAAAAUCGGGAGUUGUUACGGCCACGACUGCUUCAGCCCAAACUGAGCCUGUCAAAUCUCCUGGGGUUCUAUCUGAUGUGGUAUCUCUGGAUAAUGCAAAAUCUGUCCUCCCCUUACCCCCUGCAGCCCUCAUUUCCCAAGGGACACCUGUGGGUAACGCUGAGGUGAUCAGUGAAGCCCGUGAGAGCAAGGAUGGUGCUCGGCUGCCAGCAGAUGCUCCUGUCCCACCAAAGCCCAUGCCUCUUGACCAGCUUGUGGGUAACUGCAGUAACCAAACUCCAGCACAGUCUGGGUCUAAGGCUGGUGAGCCAGGCACCACUUCUUCUGCCUCUGUCCCAGAAUCCAACAUCAACAAGCAAGAUCUUGUCCAUGAUGCGGGAAACAGCCACUUACCUUUACUCUGUAGCACAGGGAGUGAAGUCAAGGAGAAGGAGAUCCUGGGCAGCUCUGAGCAAAAGCCUCUGCAGUGUAAAGGUUUGAGCCAAGGGGAGGCCAUUCUUAAUCAGUCUGUGGUAAAACCAAAGGAAGAAAACUUGAUGGUGCUUGAUCCUAAAGGAGGGAUGAACGUUAGCAGCGAACCUGCUGCUAUCCAUAUACAGACAUGCUCAGAGGAUACAGGUGAAAAGGAGGAGAGCAGAGGCCAGGGAAAUGCUGGCCAUGCUCAGCUGGCUGGUGGGCAGAGUCUGCAGGCAGGACUGAUGCCCAAGCUGAGUGUCAGUCCUGCACGUCUCAUACCCUCCUUGAAGGCAUCAGGAGCUCCUCAACAGCACGGUCGCCCAGCCAAGGAGUCCAGACAUGAGCUUCCCACAGCAGCUCUUCCUGCUUCAGCUCAGGUCUCUCCAAACCUGGGGGAAAACAAAAAGCAGCCCACCCUGGCCACAGAGGCAAAAGUGCAGGUGAAGCAGUCCAAGCACAUCAGAGAUGUUGUUUGGGAUGAGCAAGGCAUGACAUGGGAAGUUUAUGGUGCUUCCCUCGAUCCAGAGUACCUGGGAAUUGCCAUCCAGAACCACUUACAGAGACAAAUACGGGAACACAAGAAACUGAUCCAAGCCCAGAACAGUCAGACCCGGAAAUCCAUUUCCUCAGAUACAUCCUCAAAUAAAAAACUGAAAGGGAGGCAGCACAACAUGUUCCAGUCCAUGCUGCAGAAUUUUAGGCGGCCAAAUUGCUGUGUCCGACCAGCUCCUUCUUCUGUGUUAGACUGACAUGGUUUGCAGGGGUGCGUAGAUGUCUGCAGUGGUGGAGAGAACCCUCCCAUCAAGUCCUGAGUCCUGCUGUUCAGUUGUGUUAUUGGGGCUGUGAUGCAGCAACAGUAGAAAAUUAUUCCCCUUUGUUUUCCGAGUAGCCACGCGCUCCAUCACGCCGUUAUUCCUGCCACAGCUGGUGUAUUUCCACGUUAUGCCCACAUCCCUACUACAGUCAGAUGAAAAGCUAGGCACUUAGCAAAAGCACAAAUUAAAAUUGCCACCUUGCUGUAAGAAUGGCAGCACCU